AAAAUAGAAAACAAAAAAUAAAUUAUAAAACAAUAGCUGAUAAAAAUACUCGUUCCCACCCUUUUUUCCUCUCUCUCUCAAAAAUACCCACAAAUUUUUUUUCUCAGAUUAGAUUUCUCUCUUUAAAUAUACUUUUUUUUUAAUAAAAAAUUUUAAUUUUGUCUGUCUAAAAAAGAAAAUUUCUCAUAAUCUCUGUUCGUUCGUGUUCUAGACUGUAUAAUCGUUUGGAUUUGUUUUUUUUAUAAAAUGUUUGUAUGGUUUCUAGGGUUUUAAUGGUGUGAAAUUUGAGUUGAAAUCGAGGGAUUUUGGGGGAAUCCAGAGAGACAAAGAGAAGAGAAGAGCAUGGCGUCUGGGGAGAGAGAGUUCGAGGAGCAGCUGGAAGAAGCUGGGAAUAGGCUCCUUCAACCUCCGUCUUCGGUCGAUGAACUCCUUCCUCUGCUUGAUCAAGUUGAGAAUUUUCUGUCAAGGGUGGAGCAGUCACCAUCAAAAUCAAUGCAAACUGCACUUUCUCCAUCUAUGAAGGCAUUGGUUGCAGAUGAACUUUUAAGGCAUCCUGAUGUAGAUGUGAAAGUUGCAGUUGCCUCCUGCAUCAGUGAGAUAACAAGAAUUACUGCACCAGAUGCUCCGUAUGAUGAUGAUCAGAUGAAGGAUGUCUUUCGGUUGAUUGUAUCAUCCUUUGAAAAUUUAUCUGACAAGUCCAGUAGAUCGUAUAGUAAGAGGACCUUGAUUCUUGAAACUGUAGCCAAGGUCAGGUCAUGUGUGGUGAUGUUGGAUCUGGAAUGUGAUGGUCUGAUUGUUGAGAUGUUUCACCACUUUCUAAAAGCUAUAAGGGAUUAUCACCCAGAGAAUGUAUUUUCCUCCAUGGUCACAAUUAUGUCUCUUGUACUGGAAGAAAGCGAAGAUAUUUCAUUUGAGCUAAUCUCUCCCAUCCUAGCUAGUGUGAAAAAGGACAAUCAGGAGGUUUUGCCAAUUGCUCGGAAAUUGGGGGAGAAAGUAUUUAAAAACUGUGCUAUAAAGGUCAAACCUUACCUGAUGCAAGCUAUGAAAUCUUUGGGACUUUCUUCAGAUGAUUAUAUCAAAGUAAUUUCAUCUAUAUGUGAUGGAACAAAUGGUGCUGUUGGAGAUAAUGAUGACAAUGCUUGUGGAGAACAGUUGACUGAGGUGAGCAAGUUGGCUAGGGCAUCUUCAGAGGGGGCAGCUCAGGCUGAUGAGAACAAGUUGACUGUGGCAUCUUCCGAUGGGGCAACCCAGGAUCAGAUGACAAAAGAAAGUGUGACAGAGACUCGUCCUGAAGAAGAUCAUCCUGCUGUGGACGGAUCUCCAAAGUCAGUGAUGAGUAAUGGUGUUGCAGAAACUGGGAAUGAAGACAGAUUGGCAGAUCCAGAGUCUUCAAAGAAGCAAGAGCAUGCUCACCAGGUUGAUCAGUCAGUUGAUACUAUUGUAACAAGCAAUGCUGAACCUGAUGAUUCAGACAGUGGGAAGAUAGAAAAAUCAGAGUCUAAGCCCGAACAAACAUCCAAGAAAAGAGGACAGAAAUUAAACUCUUUAAUCAAUUCAACAGAACCUUCUGACUCCUCUAGAGUUGAGAGCGAUAAAGUAUCUGAAAGAAUGGCAGACCGUCAAACAAGUCAUAGCAAGGAAGUCCCUGGUUCACCUUCUGAGGAGCCGUCUGUUGAGGUGGCUGUGACUUCAGAAAAUGACAAAGAGAAUGUUAAGCUUUCCUCACCAAAAGCAAUAGAGAGUGAGUCAAUGAAUGUUGCUUCCCCAUCCCCAAGUGGGAGUGUUCCUGAUGAGGGUCGUCUGAAGAAGGCUGGACGACCAAAGAAGAGAGACAAUUUGGUUCAAGACAUUGCACUAUCUGCCAAUGUUGUUUCUAAGAAAGCAUCUGAUGGUACAAGUGAUUUGGAAGUGAAGCCCCAAAGACGCUCAGGAAAGAAGGCUCUUGCUGGGAGUACUGAGGAGAAGACUCCGGCUCCGACGGAUAAAUCAAAGAGUGAAGGUGGGACAAGUGAUUCAGAGGAAAAACCAUUGAAAGAUUGUGUUAGGAAGGUAGAUGCAAAAGAUGACAUAGUGGAUGGGCCCUCAUCAAAGAAGAAGGAAGAUGGGAAAAGGCGUGGGGGAGGGCGAGGGCGAGGACGUGGACGUGGAAAAGCUACUUUGGUGAAGGAUUUAACAAAAUCACCCACCGAUGAUGAUGACAAAGAAGCAGUUUCUUCCCCAAAACUUGCCUCAAAAUUAGAUAAAGAUGAAGGCCGCAUAGAGGAAACCACCAAGACGAGUUCCAAGAGAAAGCGUACGCCAGGGAAAGAAAAGAGAAAUUUGCCUUUACAUUUUAGCUAUGCAUCUGAUACUAUAGAGUAUGACGGUAACCUAAUCGGUAAAAAGGUUAAGGUUUGGUGGCCAGAAGAUGAAAUGUUCUAUGAAGGUGUUAUUGAUGAUUUUGAUCCUGUAAAAAAGAAACAUAAGGUCUCAUAUACAGAUGGUGAUGAAGAGAUAUUAAAUCUUAGAAAUGAAAGAUGGGAGUUAGUCAGUGGUAACUCUGAGUCAGAUGGGGAACAAGCAACUGAAUGCCAAAGUCCUGAUCCUUCCUCUGACAUGCACAAAAAGAAGAAAGCAAAAACAAACCCCGAACCAUCAGCUAAGCAAGGAAAGAGGGAGGGUUCACGAGGUGGAGAAGCUUCCUCCAGAAAAUCAAAAGGAGAUGCUACAAAAUCUGGUCGUAAAUCCAAGGAUGACACUCAAGUUGAUGGAAAAUCAAAGGAUAACACCUCCAAGUCCAGUGCUAAAUCCAAGGAUAAUUCUCAAAAAAGUAGCGGUAAAUCUGUUGUUGAUGCCUCCAAAUCAGCUGGCAAAUCCACGGAUGUUGAUGGUGGCACACCGAAGACCGGCAUCAAGUUCAAGUUGGAUAGCCCAAAAGCUGCCACCAAAGACACCCCAAAAGCAACCACCAAAGACACUCCGAAAACUGCCAGCAAAUCCAAGGGUAAAGCCUCCAAAAGUGGCAACAAAUCUAAUGCUAAUGGUUCUGGCAAGGUGAAAGCUGGUUCAGCAAAGGCGAAAGAAACUGAGGAAAAGGAAAAGUCGCCCGAGACAGUGAAAACGCCAAAAAGCGCAAAGGGGAAGUCACCAGAUGCAUCGAAGGGGCAAGAAACUGGUGCGAAGAGUGGAAAGAAGCGGAGAAGAGGGGCUAAAAGCUGAAGGUUUGCACUUUACUUGCUCUUUCAUUGGCAGUGUUUUGUCUGCAGGUUGCAGUGGAGUAAGCCAUGCAUUUGUUAGAUUUUGUCAGCUUUGAGGUAUUUUGAAAAUCAUGGCUAGGGUUUGUUAUAAUAGUCCCCUCUUGGUUUGUUUGUUUAGUUUUAUGGUAGUAGUGGUAGGUUUUAAGCUAGUGUUUAUACUCGUGUUCUUGCUUAUUUUAGAUGAAAUUCGUGAUAUUUUUUGGGUAAACUACAUUAGAAAGCGUUUUCAGGUUAGCUUCUGCUUCUUCUCUUUCCUUUUCUUUUCUUUUUUGAAAAAAAAUCAGUAUGGAUAAUGCCUACAUAGAUUGACAAACUUGGUGUUGGGAAAAUGGUCGAAAAUGGUUCCUAUUCCCACUGUACAGCCUGCCUUCUAAAUGCAUUUCUUGCAUUAUUAUUA